UGGAGAAAAUAUAAUAUCUCAGCCGUGGGGCAGCUCGGUUAUGGGAUGUUCGGGGUGAAGGCUGGUUGGUGAUGUCGUCACUUCUGGCACGUAGUCACGCGGAAGGGGGAGAAAGAAAUAAAAAGCUGCGCCGGGUGGAUGUCUGUGCCUGGCCUAGGUUGGCAGGUGCUCGAGGGUAAAUUGGCGUGCGUCAAGUGGAAUCGUGUCGGGCGCGCCCGCUCCGGAAUUUCAGGUCGUGCCGUGUGUUGUGUGUGAUUUAUUUGGUCUCCAGUUGGUAUGGAGAGAAGGAUGAGAGACGGGUCGUGCGCAGCGUACGAUGACCAGUGUCCUGCGCUUCUUUGUUUCCCGAUUUUCUUUGCUGUGUCAGUCACAGAAGUACCCUCAUUUGGUACUGGUGAGUCGGUCGGGUGGAGUCGAAGCCAGCCAGGUCCAAGUGCAGCGCAGUGCGGUGCGGUGCGGUGCGGUGCGGUGGUGGUGCGGAGCAGAGCACAGAGCAGAGCAGCGCAAGUUGAGAGAGUUUGGGUCCAACUCGGGAAGCAGUCUGACGGAGUGCAGGUGACGGAUCCAAACUUGACGUCGUUUAAUGGUCCGUGCUAUCAAUGAUCGUUUGUUCGGGUUGUGUUUCUUAAGUCCGUGCCCUGGGAAUCGGUUUUGGCUCGUCGAAGUGGCGGGGAGGGGCGAGGAAACAAAUUAAUG